AACAUGGCCGUCACCAGGGAGUGAGUCCAAGGAUUUUGAGACGAAUAUUAUUUGCUUCUGUAUUAACACUUUUGAUGAUUGACGAUGCUACUUGUGGGUCGUUUAUGUUGCAGCUCUCUAACAUGAAUCCUGCAUUGUCAAUUCACUCCAUGUAGUCAAACAUUAAAGCCUUCAGUAGCAUCAAUAUGAUGGUUAAUUACAGUUUUGUGAACCAGUUUGGAUAUUCAGAGUGCGGAACUAUCAUUAUCUAAAUUGGUCAUGUUUACGAAGGCAUCAGGGGACACAGCGAAGCUCACCACUUCUAUAUCCCUUUGAAUGUAAGAAGAGAGAAGCCACACCCACUCAUUGAUUCCAGUUCCCCGGGCAUUGACUACAGCCCUGACAUCCGUCCCUCAGACUGGCAGUGCCUGCAGGUGCAGCGUCUCGGAGCUGGGGGCCACCGUUGCCUUCCUCUGCCAGCUGGGCUGGGAUCGGGACAAGUGUGGACCGUAACUACCAGCUCUGGGCGUCUCGACAGAGUAUGGUGAGAGACAGCGGCUGCCAUGGAGCUACAGGAUAAGAAACAGGAGGAGGCGGCGACUCCACUGGGACUGUCCACGGCUCAGGCUCUGUGCACCCUACGGGACCAGCUGUCCAACUUACUGGGGCAACACCAGAAAUCCAGCCGGCGCAGAUCCACCGUACAGGAGCUAUGGGCCAAGAGCUUCCUUCACCAUGACAGCCGGCAUUCGUGCUUCCAUUGGCCCGGAGCUGUUCUCACUCUGGUUGUGGUGGUUGGGCUGCUGUGUUGUCACGGCAGCCAGCCGAAGGGCAGUCAAGGUAUAGAGUUAGUGAACGCGGGUGCACUCUUCCUGCUCCUGCUACUGAACCUCUUCCUCAUUGGGCGGCAGCAGAGGUUACGGACGAGUGAGAUGGUGCGGAGGCUCAAGUCCAUCAUCUCACAGCUGAACGAUUUUUUGGAGAGAAGUGCAGGACAUCCACUCCGAUGGGCCCCCUCUUUGUAUCCUGACCUCUACACCCCCACUUCCCCUUCCUGGUCACUGCAUUGGACAUUCAGAGAUGAGCAGCUGGUUAAUCUACCUGUCAGUCUUUUGGUGGAAGGUGAUGUUAUUGCUCUUAGACCGGGCCAAGAAGCCUUUGCAUCUCUCAGAGGCAUCAAGGACGACGAACACAUUGUGCUGGAGCCAGGAGACCUUUUUCCGCCGUUCUCUCCUCCUCCCUCCCCACGCGGGAAUGAGCGGAAGGGCCCCCACAGUCCUCAGCAGUACCGCCUCUUUAGGGUGGUGCGCACACCUAUACUCGACAGUGUCAGGAACAGUCUUGACCUGGCUCUCUCCCGUCCAAUCACAGCCCUUGAUAAUGAGCGGUUUACAGUGCAGUCCAUUAUUGCCAAAUUCGCCUGUCCUGCUGUAUUGGUGGCCUUUUUCUCUAUUAACACGAUCCGGUACUUCUGUGACACUCCCAGUCUCACCCCUGGACCUUUCAACUUCCUUCAGUUGCAGAUGAUGGGUGUAUUGCCCAUUUUACCUCUGCUGUUUCCUGUGAUGUGGAUUCUGGUCAAUGCGUACGGAGAGGCCCGUGUGUUAGCCGAGUCCAGCCGUAACUCUCCCACUGGCCUGCUUGCUAAGUUCUCUGAGGACACUCUAAGCAGCUACACGGAAGUGGUGUCCUCCCAGGAGAUGCUACGCUGUGUGUGGAGAUACCUGGUCAGUGUUUUGAAGGGAGAGUCCCAGACCCUCUGUUAUACCUCCAGUCUGCUGCACUCGUUGGGUUCAGUCACUGUGCUUUGCUGUGUGGAUAAGCAGGGCAUUCUGUCCUGGCCCAAUCCCAGUCCCGAGACUGUGCUAUUCUUCAGCGGACGAGUAGAACCACCUCAUGACAGCCAGGAUGACCUCAGAGACGACCUGUCAGUCAACUCCCUCUGCAGGACAGAGGGCGAGGAGGAACGAGAUGAGGCUCAGGAAGGUGAAGCACUGCUGUGUUUACCGGCGUUUGAACCCUCCCUUCACAUGGCUGAGCAGGAACCCAGCGAGACGUCACAUGACACCGCCCGCUCCUCAGACACCCAGCGCCAACGUCGAGGACCCCAAACCACCCGUUCCAAACACCCAUCAGGCUCCAAUGUCAGUUUCAGCCAUGACACUGAGGGUGGUGAAGAUGACAUUGCUCAGCCAUGCGGUGUGGGUGAUGAUCUGUGUGAAGCAGAAGAUUUUGUGUGCGACUAUCAUCUGGAGAUGUUGAGCCUGUCCCAGGAUCAGCAGAACCCUGUCAGCAUCCAGUUUGAUGACUCUGGUUGGCAGAAUCACCUGCCCUCUUUGAAGCCUCUUGGCUUGAACAUCCUGUUGAACCUGUGCAAUGCCACCGUCACCCAGCAGCUCUGCAGAUUCUCCGAUCACUUGUCAAACCUGGCACUGCAGGAAUGCCAUGGGGCGGUUCUGCCCGUUCAUGUUCCCUGGGGCCUCUGUGAACUAUCUCGCCUUAUCGGUUUCACUCCAGGGGCGAGGGAAUUGUUUAAGCAUGAGAAUCAUCUGGCUUUGUACCAGCUCCCUUCCGGAGAGAAGGCCAAAGAAUCUGUUCCCCGGCGCCUCCAUCACUUUACCAAACGCCAGCCCCCCAUCAGUCACCUCAUCAGUCUGUUUGUCAGGGACAGCACUACCGAUAAUGUACAGAUGCUCUCCCACGGCUCGGCUGACCUCAUCCUAGAAGCCUGUACUGAUUUCUGGGACGGGGCGGAUAUCUAUCCGCUGUCUGGCUCGGAUAGGAAAAAGGUUUUAGAUUUCUACCAACGUGCCUGUCUGUCUGGAUAUUGUUCUGCAUUCGCUUAUAAGCCUAUGCAGGUGGCAUUGUCUGGACAGCUCAAUGGAAAAUGUGUGGAGCUGGCUCCAGGCCCCACACUCUUUUCUGGGGUGGAGCUUCCCAGUACCACCCCCAUCAAACAUGGCAGCCGCAGGAACAGCUGGAGCUCUGAUGAGGGUAUUGGAGAAGGUUUGGAGAAGGAGGACUGUGUGCAGGCUCUAAGUGGCCAGAUCUUCAUGGGAAUGGUGUCGUCCCAGUUCCAAGCCCGACUGGACACUGUGAGGCUCAUUGAGAACCUUGUGGGAGCCUGUAUCCGCUUUGUGUACUUCUCCAUGGAAGAUGAACUGCGCAGCAAAGUGUUUGCAGAGAAGAUGGGUUUGGAGACGGGCUGGAACUGUCACAUCUCUCUGACCCCAAACGGUGAUGGUCACUGCGAUGGUGCUCCAUCCAGCCCUAGCCAAGCAGGAUCUCUACAUGAUGACCUUCUGCAGGAUUCUCGUGAUGAUGCAGAGGGUCCACUACUGCCUGAAGACCAAUCAGAUCUUGCCAGCUUCCAGCCUACUGACAGUGAUGUGCCCAGUUUCUUAGAAGACUGCAACAGAGCCAAACUGCCUCGUGGCAUUCAUCAGGUUCGUCCUCAUUUGAAGAACAUAGACAAUGUGCCUCUACUGGUGCCCCUGUUCACAGACUGCACCCCUGAAACAAUGUGUGAAAUGAUGAAGAUCAUGCAGGAGAACAGAGAGGUGACGUGCUGUUUGGGGAGCUCCGCAAACUUCCGUAACAGCUGCCUUUUUCUGCAGAGUGACAUCAGUAUCUCCUUGGAUCCUCUGUACCCAUCCCGGUGCUCAUGGGAGACAUUUGGGUACGCUGCGGGCUGUGGUCUGAAUGGAGACUGUGAUGAGCUGUCUCCAAUGGGGCUCAGUGCUAGUCUCAACAGCCUCGCCUGCUCCAUGUCCUUCCAUCAGGGCGAGAGUGUGAGCAUGGUCAAACUCAUAGAGCAGGCGAGACACACCACCUAUGGCAUUCGCAAGUGCUUCCUCUUCCUACUGCAGUGUCAGCUGACACUGGUCAUCAUUCAGUUCCUGGCCUGCCUUAUUCAGUUGCCUCCUCCCAUGAAUAUCACAGACAUACUGUGGCUUUCCUGCUUUUGUUACCCACUGCUAAGCGUGUCCUUCCUGGGAAAACCUCCUGACAGUUCAGUAAUGACAGUUGCGACUGGAAAGAAUCUGGACUCCAUACCACGCAAGACCCAGCACUACUUCCUGGGCUGGUUCCUGUUGAAGUUUGGUCUGACGAUGUUAGCAUACUUAGUCGGCUUCGGGUUUUCUCUACAGGAAAUGUGUUUUAGAGCAGCUAACCUCACAAGAACUGAUAACAGCUCCAUCACCUGCACUCACAUACUCACAUCCAGCUCCCAGGAUGGCCCGCAGUGGUUUGGUGAAUUGUCCAAUGGCCUGCUUUUGAUUCAGAAGAUCAUGGCAGGGUUUCUGGCUUUGCACACAGUGGUCAUUUCUCUGAGCUAUGUACAUCGUUCACAACCCCUGUGGAGGAGGAACCCGUUCAGUAACACAUGGUGGUGUCUCACAGUGCCUGUGGUAUUGUUGGGACAGGUGGUGCAGGCUGUGAUAGAUUAUCAGUUGUGGCAGGAUAGGAAUACAGAAAUCGUCUUCACGCUACAUCACAUUCCCCUCUUGGUCUGGCUGUUGGUCUCUCUGUCCAUCGUACUUGUGGUGCUAAUCAAUGAAGCAGUAAAACUGCAUGAAAUCAGGGUACGAGUGCGUUACCAGAAGAGGCAGAAGCUUCAGUUUGAGACUAAGCUGGGAAUGAACUCUCCAUUCUGACCUGCGUCUGUAUAGGACGGCAUGGUCGUACCCAUCAGCGUCAUGUUCAUUUCAGUGCUGGAGAAGUUGAAGAAUUCUUUGGAUUCCCCCCAACAGAGCGCUUCCUGCAACACCUCCAAUGGGCGGAACUCUGUUUCUCCCGUGAAGGCCACUGAGGGCUGCGUUUUUAUCAGUGAGAUCUUUGAUUUAGGCUUUACUCAAAGUAAAGAUUUCAUUCAUCUGCAUGCUGCUUUGGUUUGGACAGGGUUAUUUAAUAGAGGGAUUGUUUUUUUUUUAAUGAGGCCAUUCCUUUAUCCCCCUCAAAACCUGAAACUGUAAUGCACGAUGUAGAGAACAUAUACCAAAAUGUACAAAGGAGGGCUAAAUUAGCAUGAUUUUUCUUCUUACUUUUUAGCUUUUUUUAUUAGAUGUUGUGAAAUUUUAUUGAUUUCCUUUGUUUCACAUGUGAGACAUUUGACCGCUCAUGAGAUGAGCUUUAGCUGUAGUUUCUGUGUUUGUAUUUUAGCCGUGUGGCUCUUUUUCACACUGCUGAGAGGUUUCGUGCAGUUCAUUUAGUAUGUCGUAUAAGAGCUUGUUGAAGCCUGUUUUAACAGGUUAUAAUGUGAAUGUCAUCGCCUCAACAUACCUCAUAUUUAGAGGGGAAAUAUUUCAUUGUUUCUUUUGUGAUCAUGAUGUACAAGUGAUUUUAUUUCUAGAAUAUAUCAGCUAGAGCAACUUAGCUGAGAAGCUUAGCUUCCAAAAUCAAAUCCAGUCAGUGUGAGACUGCAGACUCAUUUACUAGCUUGCCUAGAAUCAGUCAGCCUUUUAAGUUUUUUUUUUUUUCUCUUACAAAUCAAAUAUCAGAUGAAAUGCAUGAGUAGCUGGAAUCUUUUUUUUAGUCUUCUAAACUCUAUUUUUACUGUAAAGUUCUGAAGUUCAGUCAAAACACAAAGACUUUUUAACCAGGCAAAGCAAUAGCUUUCCAGUUGAAGGAAGAAUGUUCCAACUUGAAUUGUUCUCAUUCUGUCAGAGACAUUUUUAAAACAUGUGACUGUUUGCCAGAAUGCACUGAAUUUAUUUAUUUUUUUUGCCUACAUUUGCAUGCAAGACAACACUUGCCUGGUUUCUCACCGCACAUUUUUUCAACAUAAUUAUUUCUGAUGUUCUGUAAUGAAUAUAUAUCUAACUCUGGAUGGGUUGGGCUUAUUUAAAUUUGUAUUUUUUGUAAUUAUUUUUUCACCCCCAUCCAGAGAAUUCAGUGUUUACUGUUAAAGAGGGAUAUUGAACUUUUAUUCUGUUCUACCUCUAGCUGAUUGCUAAUAUAAUUCUAGGCAAGGUCAUGAUUUUAAUAGGUUUUAUUAUUAUUUUAAUUUAUCCAGUUGGGCUGCAGCUAUGGAGUAUAAGGGGCUCAAUUACAGUGUCACCAGAUGUGCUUAUUUAAAAAUACAUGCAAGUGUAUUUUCUGACAUUGACCAGCUAAUUUCCAAAUUACCAGCAUUUUUUUUUUCAAUAACUUAUAGCCUGAAACCUCUGACUUACCCUGGACUUGUCACAUUUAAAGCGAUAGUCCACCCAAAAAUGAAAAUUGUCUUCAUUUACACAUCCUCAUGUUGAUCCAAAACUGUUUGACUUUUUCAUCUGCACAACAUAAAAGGAGAUAUUUGGUAGAAUGUGUUAGUCGUUUGUAUCCAGGGAAAGUCAUUCAGGUUUGGAACAACAUGAGGGUGAAUACUUAAAUUUUCUUUUUUUUAUUUAUUUGACUAAAAUUUUUAGGUGAACUGUCCCUUUAAGUUGCUGCUAGACCUGUAUAAAGUGGUAGUUUUCAUAAAUGAUUAAUGUGUACAGGAAUCACAGGACCUCAAGAACCUAUACUCAAAAACCCAGUUAGUAUUUUCUAAAGUACCUGUCUUUCCGAUGAGCCACAGUCUUUCUCCUUUUCUACGUAAUGAACUGCAAGAUGUCUUAAUUUAUUCAUUUCCUGCCUUUUCGUUCCUGUCUCACUGUUCUGUUUAAGUUAAAUCACAAAUACACACUGUAACCUCUAAUCUAAUGUUGAUAUUUAUUUUGAAAUGAUUGCGUCUGUAGAUCUUAACAGCAGAUGAUUGCAACCUAAACAGCCUUUUCUAUAAUGCAUCUAGAGAUUGUCAUAGGCACUGAAUGUUCAUUCAUGUCCGUAGUGCAUUUUUGCAAUGCAUGUUACAUGCUUUCUUCUACUUUUCCUGCUCAUUCAACAGGAAAGCAGGUCUUAUGAUGUGUUCAGAGGUUAUACUGCCCCAUUACAUAAGUGUAGCUGUGGUUUGAUGUUUGCGUUCAGCACCACAACUGAGCCACUCUAAUUUUGACAUAUCGGACAAAUUGAAAAGUGGUUCAUUUUUAAAUAGGUGCUGAAUUAACAAAUUGUACAAUUGAAAAUUGUAAAAUAGCAUAUCAAUAUAGUGGGAAGUUUGUUUAAUAAGCAAGCACUGAUCUUCUGUUAUGUAGUAACAGAAAAAAAUAUUUUGGGAUAUGAGUGAGCAGCGUUUUUUUUUUGUUUUUUUUUGUACAGUAAUUUUAGUAAUUAUUUCUGAUAUUUUCUCUCUUCCCUUAUUUCCUGAUGCAUGCAUGGUAAAGGCCAUAAGAAUGCAAGGUUUUUCUUGAUUUACUCAUCUGCUGAAUAUUAAAUAUGUUGACUCAGUCAUGCAUGGAUUCAAAAUGUUGCUGAUGUUUUUCCAUCAGUCAGAAAAUCA